UAUAAAACGUGACGAGUUUUCGUGUGUUAAAAAAAUCCAGACAUUAGCGCCUCUGGUGAGUUGCGCAACAGCCACGAGUUCAGCAGCAUUGUAACUUUUUGGCGCCAACCAACAGUAAGGCGCUAUAUAUUCCAUUUCUAAAACAAUUAUCUUGCAAAAUUAUGCCGCCAAGGAAAGCAACAAAACGACCAGCUUCGGCUCCUGCAAAAAGCCAACGGGAGCCAAAACAGAUAAGAAAAAAGCAAGAAUUAGUUGUGAAACCCGAUUUACGACAAUCUGCGACUGGCGGCGUAUUAUUAGUAUUUGGACAAGGCGAUGUUGGACAACUUGGUUUAGGAGAGGAAGUUGUUGAAAAAACACGUCCAGCAACUGUUCCUGGAUAUCAGGAUGUCGUAUCUAUAGCAGCUGGUGGUAUGCACAAUGUAUGCUUAAGACAAACUGGAGGAGUAUUAACGUUUGGUUGCAAUGACGAAGGAGCAUUGGGGAGAGAUACGUCUAAAGAUGGUUCUGAAACUGAACCAGACUCUGUUGACCUACCCGGCAAAGCCAUUCAGGUGACGGCUGGGGAUUCUCAUAGUGCUGCUUUACUAGAAGAUGGACGAGUAUUUGCAUGGGGUUCCUUUAGGGAUUCUCACGGCACUAUGGGUCUAACUCUAAAUGGAAACGAACGGUUCCCGAUAGAAAUGCUGCCUAAUGUAAAAAUAGUUAAAAUAGCGUCUGGUGCUGAUCACUUAGUAUUACUUGAUAAAAAUGGGCAUAUAUACACGUGUGGAUGUGGAGAACAAGGUCAAUUAGGACGAGUAGCAGCUAGAGCAGCUAGUAGAAAUACCCGUCAUGGUAUGGGACCUUUAUUAACUCCUGGAUUAGUUGAAUUUAAAGUUACUAAGAAAUUAGAAUUUGAUGAUAUAUGGGCCGGAACAUACUGUACAUUUGCUAAAGAAUAUCAGAAGGGGGAUAUAUAUGUAUUUGGACUAAAUAAUUAUUAUCAAAUCGGCUUGAAAGAUCCUGUUACUCAUUUUCAUCCACAAAUUUCAAAAACCUUUAGUGGAAAGACCUGGAGGCACAUUAGUAGCGGACAACAUCAUACAAUUGCUCUAGAUGAUUCCGGUCAAGUAUUUGUUAUGGGACGUAAAGAAUAUGGUCGUCUUGGACUAGGAUCUAAUUGCUUGGAUGCAAAAGAAUUAACACUAGUUCCUAGCUUAAGUUCCUUUAAAUGUAUUGACAUUGCAGCAGGCAGUGCGCAAUCUUUUGCUGUUACUGAAUUAGGAGAUUUAUAUUCAUGGGGUAUGGGUUCAAGUGGCCAGUUAGGUACAGGAGAAGAAGAAGAUGUUGAGAUACCUACAUUAGUCAAAGGAAAGCAAUUGGAGGGGAAAGCAGUGAUACGAGUUGCAGGUGGAGGACAACAUACACUAGCAUUAGCAACAAUUCAUCCAGUAAAGGAGAAAACUGCUGGUUAACAAUAAAUAAUUCCUUAAAUUGAAAUUUGAACUGUUUCACACAUGAUGUGAUAAUAAUUUGGACAACGAAAGGACGAAGAACAAUUUUCAUUCUCCUUAAACAAAAAUUGCACUAAAGGAGAAAAUAUGAAUAUUACGGUAUAACGUAAUUUCAAUAUUAAUAUGAUACUUAAAUUUGUACAUAAUUUUUUGUGCUACCAAAAAUAUCAUGUGUUUAUAUAUCGACUGAGUUUUUGAUUGUAUUGCUAGUUUUUCUACUUAAUUAUGUAUUACGAUGAAAUAAACAAUUUUCUACUUACAAA